GUAAAAUAAAAGCCAUAGUCUCCCUCUCUUAAGCCCUGAACCCUCAUCUCCAAUCUGCAAAUCCAACUAACAUGGGAAGCCAGCAAGCCGCCGUGUCGUUCCUGACGAACCUGGCCCGCGCCGCUUUCGGGCUGGGCGCCUCCGCGACCCUAUUGAGCUCCUCCCUCUACACCGUCGAUGGCGGGCAGCGCGCCGUCCUCUUCGACCGUUUCCGGGGCAUCCUCGACGAGACCGUCGGCGAGGGGACCCACUUCCUCAUCCCGUGGGUCCAGAAACCCUACAUCUUCGACAUCCGCACCCGCCCCCACACCUUCUCCUCCGUCUCCGGAACAAAAGACCUCCAGAUGGUUAACCUAACCCUCCGCGUCCUCUCCCGCCCCGACACCGACAAGCUCUCCCUCAUCGUCCAGAACCUGGGCCUCGAGUACGACGAGAAAGUCCUCCCCUCCAUCGGCAACGAGGUUCUCAAAGCCGUCGUCGCGCAGUUCAACGCCGACCAGCUCCUCACCGACCGUCCCCACGUGUCGGCGCUCGUGCGCGACGGCUUAAUCCGUCGCGCACGAGACUUUAACAUUUUACUCGAUGACGUUGCGAUCACGCAUCUGUCUUAUGGCGCGGAGUUUUCUCGUGCCGUGGAGCAGAAGCAGGUGGCUCAGCAGGAGGCCGAGAGGUCGAAGUUUGUGGUGAUGAAGGCCGAGCAGGAGAGGCGGGCGGCGAUUAUUAGGGCGGAGGGAGAGAGUGACGCGGCGAAGCUGAUUUCGGAUGCCACUGCGUCCGCCGGGAUGGGGCUGAUUGAGCUCAGGAGGAUUGAGGCGUCCAGGGAGGUCGCUGCCACGCUGGCCAAGUCGCCGAACGUGGCCUACUUGCCUGGAGGGAAGAACUUGCUCAUGGCGCUCAAUGCCGGUGGACGUUGAUUCAUGUAUCUCUGUGUGUGGUUUUCACGAUACGGUGUAAUGGCAUGCUUGGAAGGAAUGCUGUUGAGGUUCUUCUUUGCUGGGGUUAUUUUUUCCCCACCUUGUUUUGUAGACCCCAUUUGUAACAUGUAGAAUUUGGACCUUCGCGUUGAGGAUUAAUGAAAAAUUUGGACCUUCACGUUGAGGAUUAAUGAAAAAUUUGGACCUUCAUGUUGAGCAUAAAUGGGUCUUUUACAGUUGUACUUGUAGAAUUACAUGCUAAGACUUGAAAUCGAGUCCUUGUUUGAGGAUAAAGGGGUCUUUUAGAGUUUGUACUUGAAGACUUAAUGUAGCUAUUUUAUCAUCUAUUUCCAUUUCUUUUCACAGAAAA